UGAGGACAUGCACUGAAGUGCUCCGCCAAAAGGUUUUGAUUUUCUUCAAUUUAUGAAGCUCUCAAGUUAUAAAAUCACUGCAUCAUAUUACUUGUUAACAAUAUAAGUGUUAUUGAUCGAAUUUGACAUAAUGCCUCCGAAAAAGAAAGAAAAAUCAAGCACUGAAAAUGAUGUCGAUAAAUCUAACAUGGCUGCUGGUUCGACUGGUCUGGAAGAAUUUCUUGACCAGCGUUUGAAACUGCAGUCGGAACAAAUGAAUGAGCUAUUUGCUAAGUUUACAAAAUCUACCAAGAAUGAUCUUGAAGAAGUAAAGAAAAGUCAGAGCUUUCUUAGUGAAAAAUUCGAGGAAUUGAUAACUUCGAUGGCCGAACUAAAGCAAGAAAACAAUGCUCUUCGUACAGAGAGUUCUCAACUUCGUAAACGUAUAGAGUCAUUGGAAUGUCAAGUUGCAGCCGCUGAAUCAGACACGGAAAGCAUAAAACAAUAUCUAAGGCGAGAUCUAAUUGAAAUCCAUGGUGUGCCAGUCAAUCCAGAUGAGGAUACGAAUACACUAGUUAAAGGUGUAGUCGAACUUGCCGACCCCUCACUUAAAUUAGAUGAUCAAGACAUUUCUAUAAGCCACCGUCUAUCAGCUUCAACUGGCUUUAUUGCCCCGAUUAUUGCUAAAUUUACUCGACGUGAUGUUCGCGAUAGAGUUAUGAGUGCCAAAAAGAAUCUCCGACAUAAAUCUGCUCGGGAUCUCGGCUUCACCCAAAAUACAUGGCUUUAUAUUAAUGAAAGUUUAACCCCGAAGUGUCGCAUACUGUUGAAAGAGGUCAAGCAUUUCAAGAGGAAUCAUAAUUUUAAAUAUGUAUGGUCUAGACAAGGCAAGAUUUAUUUAAAAAAAGAUGAAUCAUCUUCCGUGUUAUCGUUUACUACGUUGAAAGAAUUUCAAGAUUACAAGAUCAGAUAUGAAUAGAGGCCUAGCUAAGGACUGUUCAGAUAAGUUAUUUGUUGUUUAAAACUUUAAUUCGCUUCUGUAUUUCCGUUUCAUCAUCUUGAUGAUGAUGAAUUUCAAUUAGCGUUAUUUGAACUUUCAAAUGGCCCUGUUAGUUUUGAUGAGGACCGUUUUCGUUCAUUGAAAUUUAAUCCCUUGUUGCCUGGUUGUCAUAAAUCUGGUUUAGCCCUCUCUACUGAUUUAGAUCCUGAUUAUAAUUUUUAUCCUGAAGAACUUAGCUGUGAUUAUUUUACUGAGGUUACUUUUGGUGAUAAACUAAAAAAUAUUGUACCUAGUACGAAGUGUAAUCUGUUUUCUCUUAUUCAUCUUAAUAUGCGUAGUUUGUCUCGUAACUAUGCUAACUUGACUAGUUUACUCGCUAGUGUUGACACUAAAUUUUCAGUCAUUGGCAUUACAGAAACCUGGUUGCAAAAUGAUGAACAUAGUUGUAGUAUUGAGGGCUAUAAUUUUGUGCACAACCAUCGUCAACAUAGAAUAGGAGGGGGAGUUGGCAUUUAUCUAGAUUCCAAUUUGCAAUAUAAACCUCGUAAUGACCUUAGUUUUGAGGAUUCUAUAAUAGAAUCGUUAUUUAUAGAGAUAUGUCG